UCCUCGCCAGAGGAGCGACCCGGGACCCGGAGCGCCAUGAGCGGCGCGCAGCUCAGUGAACUCCCGGACGCCGCGGAGCCGCUGCGGCCCUUCGUCAGCCGCCUGCGGCAGGAGGCGCUGCGGGCCGAGGAGCUGUCCGGAGUCCGGAGCCUCUCCGACGGCUUUCUGCUCAGGUUCCUGCGGGCCAGAGACUUCGACGUGGACCUGUCCCUGAAGAUCUUGCUGAAGUACCUGCGCUGGAGGAGGGACAGUCCGGACAUCAGCGGCUGCCUGUCUCCCUCGUCCGUCCUCGACCUCCUCAACACGUCGUACCACGCCGUCCUCCCACGCCGCGACCACGCCGGCAGCCGGGUGCUCAUCUACAGGAUCGGACAGUGGAACCCCAAACAGUGGUCGUCCAUCGAGGUGUUCCGGGUCAGCCUGAUGACAUCAGAGGUCAUCUCCAGGGAGACGGAGACGCAGAGGCGGGGCCUGAAGGUCAUCUUUGACCUGCAGGGGUGGAGCUUCGGCCACGCGCUGCAGAUCAACCCCUCCCUCGCCAGGAAGAUCUCGGCCGUGUUGUCAGACUCUUUUCCCCUGAAGGUCAGAGGAAUCCAUCUGGUCAACGAGCCCAUCUUCUUCCAUCCCGUCUUCGUCAUGAUUCGUCCCUUCCUGCCAGAAAAGAUCCAGCGAAGGAUCCACAUGCACGGCUCGGACUACCACAACACGCUGGCCGACUUCUUCUCCGCCUGCGUCCUGCCUCCGGAGUACGGCGGGGACGGACCGGCCAUCGAGGCGGCGUGUCGGGACUGGACCGGGCAGCUGCUGCAGGCGGAGGGCCUCCUGCAGCGGAUCGCUGCCCACCCGACCGGAGACGUGGAGUCUGAGGAGGACGAGACCCGACAGGAGGACCAGACCCGACAGGAGGACGAGACCCAGCAGCAGGACCAGACCCGACAGGAGGACGAGACCCGACAUGAGGACCAGACCCAGCAGGAGGACGAGACCCGACAGGAGGACCAGACCCAGCAGGAGGACGAGACCCGACAGGAGGACCAGACCCGACAGGAGGACGAGACCCUACAGGAGGACCAGACCCUACAGGAGGACGAGACCCAGCAGGAGGACGAGACCCUUCAGGAGGACGAGACCCGACAGGAGGACCAGACCCUACAGGAGGACGAGACCCAGCAGGAGGACGAGACCCUUCAGGAGGACGAGACCCUUCAGGAGGACGAGACCCUUCAGGAGGACGAGACCCAGCAGCAGGACCAGACCCAGCAGGAGGACUGACGUCUGCUGCUCCGCUCGGUCCACACACGUGGCCGUUUCAUACUUGAACUCUACUUGAAUGUGAUUUAAUCCACAGACUAAUUUUAUGGUUGUUGUAUUGACUGUCGGGGCGUCUUACAGAUCAGAUUUGUUUCCAGAUCUGAUUAAUCAAUAUUGUAAAAGGUGGAAAAGCCUCAGCGAUCAAAAGCUACAGAAGAGGAUAAAGACCACUGUGAAAAAUAUGUGAAACAAAGUCUUAAAGAAUGUUUUUUUUUCUCACAGAAUUCAGAAAUUAAUUCAGGAUUCUAAUCUUCAUCAGUUUUUUUAAAGCCAGAAUACUUUCUUUAAUUUUAUUGCCAAAAACUCAGAAAUUUUAAUCUGAUUUAGAAAGAAAGUCAUAAUUCUGACUUUAAUGUAAUAUUUUUAAGCCUGAAUUGUUUACAUUAUUUUUUUAUAACUUGAAUCUGAGUUUGAAAAAGUAAGAAAUCUGAAGGGGAAAAAAAAAUCACAAAUCCUGAAUUUUUUCACAGAUUUCAGAGGAAAAGAAGUCAGAAGUUCCCAAAUCUACUUUUCUAACUAAACUAAAUCCUUUUCUAUGACAAAUGUUUUUACAUUUUCUGCAGUUUUUUAAUAUAUAUUUUUAUAUUUUUUCUGGUGAAAUAAGAGAGAAUAACUUCUGUGUUGGUUUGGUGAUCUCUCUGGUUUCAAUAAGUGUAUUUGGUGCUCACUGAAUGUUUGUGGACCAGCUGAAAAAGCACCUCUGUGUCUGUUUGAUGAUGUUUAGACGGUGUGAGGGUUGAAUGAAGCAGAGUGAAACAGAUUUUCCUCCAGAGAAUCGUCUUCAGUGAUAAAGGAGGAACUCCCGCCUCUGUUUUGACCAGUUUAUGCGUCUUUUUAAAAAGUUUUUUGUGACUUCUCAGUCAUACUUCCACAUGCGCUGCGUUGCGUUGCGUUGCGUUGCAUGUGGACGUUAUGAAAGUGUUUUGUGUAACGUAUGUCACCACAGCUCACACUUCACUGAGACGAAGCAUAAAACCAGAAGUCUGAACCGUCGGCUGAGCUCCGACCAAACACAAAAACAUGCUUUUUAUUCUUGUGAUGAAAUCACAUUUGUAUUAAACGUGUAAGAGUCUACUCUCUGUUUUCACAGGGUGAUCAUGGUGAAGUGUGAGUUACUGGAACUUUAAAAAUGUUACUAAUUACUUGACAAGAUAAGGAGGAAUUAAAGGGAGCAGCUACCUGGACAAGUGUGAUUUCCACUGUCUCUUUUUUUCGGACCUGGUCUCAUGAUUUCUGCACUGUGGGCCAGUCUGAUGUGCUUCCACCAUGAAGUUAUUGUUUAAACUGGAAAAGAAACGCUUCCUAAAGCGACCCUCGAAAUACACCAAAAUUAGGUUUGCUGCUGGACGAC